AUCCGAGUUGACUGCGAAGACCUAAACCCUCUCAACAGUGUUUAAAACCCUAGCAGCGUCGCCGCCUGCAAUCAUCGAAGCUCGCCAGUUGGAAAAAAUGAUCACGGCGAAGCGCUCCGUCCGACUACACUUGCUUUGGUCGGCCGCGGCGACCAAGAUGAGAUUCUGUGCGGCGGCCGCUGCGACAUCUUUGACAGCCGACGCGGCUGGAGCUACGGCGGUCAGGACUAAAGAAAAGAAGGAUCCGAAUGUACUGUACCGCCGUCUGUCGGCUCUGGGGAGAGCUCCAGAGGGGAGUGUGACGAGGACGCUGGAUAAGUGGGUGAAGGAAGGGAGGUCUGUGUGCGCGGAUGAGCUGACUAGGUACGUUAAGGAACUCCGCAGGUACCAGCGCCACGCGCACGCCCUUGAGCUCAUGGAGUGGAUGGUAAACAACAAAAAUACAAAAAUGACUUACAUCAAUCAUGCAAUGCAGCUUGGCCUCAUUGCUAAAGUCAGGGGUAUCGAAGCAGCAGAGAAAUACUUUUCCGACUUGCCUGUACAAGCCAAAAAUAAGCACACAUAUGGAGCCCUUUUGAGUAGUUAUUGCUCAGAGAAAAAUAAGAAUGCUGAUAAAGCUUUUUCUCUUUACAAUGAAAUGAAGAUGCUGAACAUUACCUCAUAUCCUCAGGUCCAUUUCAACUUAAUGUCCCUUUAUAUGCGGUUGGGCCAGCAUGAGAAGGCUCUCACCCAGUACCAAGAGAUGAAGUCAGAUAACGUAGUUCCAGAUUCGAUUACAUGCUCCAUCCUGAUGAACUGCUAUGCCUCAUUGAAUGACAUUGAAUCAGUAGAACGAGUUAUAAAAGAAGCAGAGGAGGAUAAAAAAAUUAAGUUGAGAUGGUCUGCAUACAGUACCUUAGCUUCCAUUUACUGUUCAGCUGGUCUAAUGACGAAAGCUGCGAGUGCGCUUCAGAAGCUUGAAAAGCUUAUACGUGGUCGAGAUCAUGAGCCUUAUCAUUUUUUAAUCAGCUUAUAUUCAAGGAUUGACAAUUUAGAGGAGGUGAAGAGAAUAUGGAAGUCCUAUAAAACUGUCUUUCGAAAACCUACCAAUGUUAGCUAUCUCAUUAUGCUGCGGUCCCUAGACAAACUUGAUGAUAUCAAUGGCCAGCAAGAUUUAUAUGAAGAAUGGGAAUCUGUUAGCGGGAACUCUGAUGUGUGGGUGACAAAUGUGAUGAUAGGUUCGUAUUUGAGAAACAAUAUGAUUCAACAAGCGCAGCGGGUUUGGGAGAAAGCUUCGGAAAGGGGCGCUGUUCCUGAUUUCAAGACUGGUGAUAUGUUCUUAGAUUACUACUUGAAGAACAAUGACAUUGAUUCUGCUCUCAUGUGGUUAGAAACAACAAUUUCAAGGAUGAAACGGAAUGAGUGGAAGUUAAGUCAAGACCAAGUGGACACUUUCCUGAAAGCCUUUGAAGAUGCAAAGGAUGUUGAAGGGGCAGAGAGGUUGUGCGAGUGUUUGAGGAGGCUCGGACUUCUUGAUUUAAAUGCAUAUGAAAAGCUCCUUCAGACGUAUUUGGCAGCCAAUUUGAAGAACCCUAAACUUCUUCAGAGGAUUAAAGAUGAUAAGAUUGAACUGGACUCCAAAACUAACAAAUUGCUUGAAAUGGUUUGUGGAGAUAAUGAAUAAUCUUUUUCAUCAUAUGUUAUUUCCAUAUGGAUGAGAUUUAGUCAAAAAGAGUGUCUGUUUGAUUGGUUACUGGAAUCAGCACAUUUAUCUCCAAUUUUAACAGAUGAGUUUGAGACGACGGCAUGUUUAUGACU